AGAAAAAAAAAUCAAAGCAAACUAAAAAUUUGCCAAUUGGAAAAAAAUUAAUCUAAAAGAUAUUUUUUACACAAAAUAUUACUGCCAGAAAAUAACUAAACAACAUAAGUGAAAUAAACAAUUAUAAAAAAUAAACAUAAUAAGCACUGAAAAAAGUGUGAACACGAUAGAAAAAAAGUAUACAAAAAAAGUAGAAAAAUCAUAGAGAAAUCGUUUUGUGUCUACAUUAGCAAAUUAAAUUAAAAAAAGGAGUGUCUCAUACACACCUCUUUAUACAAACAACAACAAACAUACAAUUAUAUUUUGCUAAAUAAUAGGAAAAAGUAGCAACAACAACAACGAUAAUAAUCAUCAUAGACAUCAGCAAUAAUUUCGUUAACUGCAGAAUAUAAUAACAACAAAAAACGGUCAAAUGGUGUAAUCUUAAAACUCUUUCACAACAAAACUAUAACUAUAUUUCCUGCAACUCACAAACAAACCAACGAAUACAGGGGAUCAUGUUAAAUUUUUAUUAAAUUUCCAAACAAGGAAAUAAAUUAAUUUCGUUUGAGGAAAAAAUAUCUUUAAGAAGAAAAUUGCAUUGCAAAACAAAUUGUUUUCUUCUUUAGCAACAAAUACUAAAAAGAAGAAAAUAAACAUUCAAACAGAUAUAUUUCCUCCCCCAAAAAAACUCAAAAUUGAAUAAUAAAUAAAAAAAGUAACAAACAUUAAAUAAACAUUUGGCAAUGACCCUUACAACUGCCAGCGCUACAACAGCAAACAACACACAGGAAAAUAUUAGCAGUGGUAGCAGUAGUAAAAAAAUGGAAGUAAAGUGUACUACAACUACAGCUGAAGAAAACUUACCCACCUCCGAAAUGGAUUUAUUAGCAAAAUUAGAGGCAGCCAACAAGCUGAUUGAAAGUGAUGCAAAAUCCCUAAAUUCCUUGCAUUCCACACACAGUCGUAAAAAUUCCGAUACUAGUCAAAUAAGUAUAACAUCAAAUGGUAAUUCCGUGGCCGAGGAAGAUAUAUGGACUACUUGGGCCACCAUACUCAAUGAUUGGGAGGGAGCUUUGAAGCGUAAAAAUCCCUGUGUCAGAGAACUAGUACGUCGUGGUAUACCACAUCAUUUUAGAGCCAUUGUUUGGCAACAGCUUUGCGGUGCUAAUGAUGCCGACAAAAAACAAUAUGCCGAAUAUAUUAAGGCCACCUCGGCCUGCGAAAAAGUCAUUAGACGUGAUAUUGCCCGUACUUAUCCCGAAGUGGAUUUCUUCAAAGAGAAAGAUGGCCCCGGUCAAGAGGCUUUAUUUAAUGUCAUCAAAGCCUACUCUUUGCACGAUCGUGAGGUUGGCUACUGCCAGGGUUCCGGUUUUAUUGUUGGUCUCUUACUCAUGCAAAUGCCCGAGGAGGAGGCAUUUGCCGUACUCGUUCAGAUAAUGCAACAGCAUCGUAUGCGUGAUAUGUUUAAGCCUUCCAUGUCGGAAUUGGGUUUGUGCAUGUAUCAAUUGGAGAGUUUGGUGCUGGAACAGAUACCCGAAAUGCACAUACACUUCCAACAACAGGGUUUCCAAACUACCAUGUAUGCUUCCAGUUGGUUCCUUACUCUCUACACAACAUCUUUAAAUUUAAAUAUCUCCUCACGCAUCAUGGAUGUUUUCCUUAGCGAAGGCAUGGAAUUCAUAUUCAAAGUGGCCCUUGGCUUAUUGCUAUUGGGUAAAGAUACUUUGCUGUCGUUGGAUAUGGAAGCCAUGUUGAAGUUUUUCCAAAAGGAAUUACCCAAAAAGGUGGAAGCUGAUCCGGAAGCAUUCUUCCAGUUGGCCUAUUCCAUUAAAAUCAACACCAAACGAAUGAAGAAAUUGGAAAAAGAAUAUCAAGAUGUUAAGAAAAAAGAGCAAGAAGAAAUGGUAGAACUAAGACGUUUGAGAAGAGAAAAUCGUUUACUUAAGCAGCGCAAUGAAUUGUUGGAGGCUGAGUCGGCAGAAUUGGCAGAUCGUUUGGUGCGUGGUCAGGUGUCCCGAGCAGAAGAGGAGGAAACUAGCUUUGCUAUACAAACAGAACUCAUGCAGCUACGUCGUUCUUAUUUGGAAAUUUCCCAUCAAUUGGAAAAUGCCAACGAAGAAGUUCGCGGUCUAAGUUUGCGUUUACAGGAAAAUAAUGUACCCCUCGAAAGCAACAAUUCUCGCCAAUCCUCGCUCGAUGAAUUGUGUAUGAAAGAGGAAGCGCUUAAGCAACGCGAUGAAAUGGUCUCUUGCCUCUUGGAGGAGUUGGUUAAAGUACGACAGAGUUUGGCCGAGAGUGAAGAUCAAAUACGCAAUCUAAAAACCAAAAUUGAGGAGUUAGAAGAGGAUAAAAAGACUUUACGUGAAACAACGCCAGAUAAUUCAGUCGCCCAUUUGCAGGACGAACUAAUAGCCAGUAAACUAAGAGAAGCCGAAGCCAGUCUCUCAUUGAAAGAUCUCAAACAAAGAGUACAAGAGUUGAGUACUCAAUGGCAAAGACAGUUGCAAGAACAACGCAACGAUCACAAUUCACAUCCCGUCGACUCGACGCCCAAAAAACUCUUAACAAAUCUCUUUGAUUCUUCGAAAUCGAAUGAACACACCCAAAAGCUAGAGGAAGAGCUAAUGACCACACGCAUACGCGAAAUGGAAACAUUAACCGAAUUGAAAGAGUUGCGUUUAAAGGUCAUGGAGCUGGAAACUCAGGUGCAAGUGUCCACCAAUCAGCUGAGACGUCAAGAUGAGGAAAAUAAAAAGAUUAAAGAAGAAUUGGAUAUGGCUUUGACACGUGAAAAGGAGAUGUCCAACAAGGCCAGAGAACAGCAACAUAGAUACUCUGAUUUGGAAUCUCGCAUGAAAGACGAACUGAUGAAUGUGAAAAUUAAAUUCACCGAACAGUCUCAGACUGUAGCUGAACUGAAACAGGAAAUUUCCAGAUUAGAAACUAAGAAUUCCGAAAUGUUAGCUGAAGGUGAACUACGUUCCAAUUUAGAUGACUCUGAUAAAGUGCGUGAUCUGCAGGACAGAAUCGCCGACUUAAAAGCCGAGUUAACCGCAUUAAAAAGUCGAGGAAAAUUUCUACCAGUUUCGAAAUUACGAAGCUCCUCGAUACAGUCGAUCGAAUCAGCCGAAAGUGAUUUUAAUGAUAUAAUGAGCAUGCGCAGAGAAAGUACCGAAUUAUCAUCAUAAUAUUUAAUGAGGUUUUUUUAAAAUGGAUAAACAACAACUACAGAAAUUUAUA